AUGUGCACCAACGGGUACGAGAAAAGCGGCGUCCGAUCGCCAGAGCAAGUUCUUCUUGCUUGGUUGUGCUGUGUCUCUGAAACAAGGAUUCAAGAUGUGAGCAAAGUGGUUGAGCUAACCACCCCAUCACUCUCUACUCACUCUCGGCUGUGCAUCUUUGGUGAUACAGAGGCCGCUGCGGCACCCAAACUGACUGUAGCUCUGAAAACCUCAAAGACAAGUUUACGACGCCUUGAGUUGUGGUGGUUGCGGUGGACUAAAAUCUCGGAUAUCAUUGUGGUUUUUGGAAAUCUGAGUGCACAAGUGGACAGGAUUGGGACUUCUGAGACUUAG